AUGAAGAUUUGGUUACCCAUAGUAGGAGCAGAUUACUUUAUUUCUAAUAUCGGACGUAUCAAAAAUAAAAAUAGCAGGAUUUCAGAAGGAAGUAUUCAUAAAGAUCAUGGUUAUGCACAAACAAAGAUUGGUAGAAACAAUAAUUAUACGUCUAUUAAUAUUCACAGAUUAGUUGCAGAAGCCUUUAUUUCUAAUCCAGAAAAUAAACCUUUUGUUAAUCAUAUUAAUGGUAUUAAAUCUGAUAAUCGAGCAGAUAAUUUAAAAUGGGUGUACCCAAAAGAAAAUGCUAAUCGUAAAGUAUUUCUAAAUCCUGAUUGUGGUAGAUCUAGAAAAGUUGUACAAAAAACAUUAGAUGGGAACGUUAUUCGGAUUUGGGAUUCAGCCAAUCAUACAGGUAUUACACUUAAUAUUAAUAGAAGAAAUAUUACUGCAUGUUGUAGGGAAAAACGAAAUAUUGCAGGUGAAUGGGCUUGGAUAUACUAUGAUGAUUAUAUAAAAUCUGAUCCCAAUGAAGAAUGA